GUUCUAAAACUCCUUCGUUUCUUUCUCCCUUUCUCCCUCUGUUUCUUUCAUUCACAGAAACUCAGCCAAAAAACCCUAGCAUAGCACUGUAAGCCUACACCACCGCCGCCGCGAGUAGUGGCAUACUGCCGCCGUCCAUCCGUCUAUCUAGCUUCCCUCGUGCUCCAAGUCUUCAACCCCCGUUCGCUGUCACCGAUCGCAGCUGCUUCCUCGAGCUCGGCGUCCGUCGUCUUUGUCUGCUCAGCCGCGCUUCCGCCGCCGUUGGUUUCCGUUAACGUUCGCGUCUUCGUUCAGCGUUCUUCGCCGUUCAAGUUUGCUCGGCGUUCACCGUUCGCGUUCACUCGCCGUUCACCGUUCGGGUUCGUGUUCGUCUGGAAGCCACGUUGCCCUGCUUCAAACUCUGCGACCAACCCGUGCGCUCCACCUAGCCGUCGAACUGCUCUCUUUUGUCGCCGCCGUUGAUUUCAAGCUGAGAUUUUCUUCUAACAAUGAUACUGACAACUGGAAUAACUUAACAAUUGGACUAUUCAUUUUAGAGAGGAAAAACAUCUACAUAAUUUUCAUAUUUUAUUGAUGAGCAUUUGAGCUGUUUAUAUUUGAAGCUUGUAAAACAGAUGGAAUGCUUUCUAUAAAAACGACGAGGAGCAGCUCAAAGUUAGGAGUGGAGUAGCUUGCAGCAUUGAAAACCAUCAGCACAAUGAACUGGUGAUAGAGGGAGUCAUAAUAAUAAGUAACAUGCCUGUAGACAUGUUCUGUAAUUUUAUAUUAUAGCAGUACACAUAUUCUAUAAUUUUUAUUGUGUUGACGAUUUAUUGAUUGUUUUUUAUUGUGUUGAUGAGAGUUGUUCUAUAAUUUAUUUAUUCUUUUAUUUUAAAAUCAUUUUUUCGGUUGAAUUCGAUUGGACCGGUUGAACUAGUGAACUAGUGAGUAAAACGGUUCGAUAACCGGUCCGGUUCUCAGAACCUUGGUUCGUGGCUUUGUGCUAAGCCUCAAGCUGUCAAGCACAAUAAAAGACCAAAUGCAUGAGGUACCUUUUUGGUGUGACUCUCCAAUCUGACAUAUAAUGAUAACUAAGCUAGCCUUUCACAGGGGCCUGUAUUGAUUGGACAAACUAAAAGCCCAAAGUAGUGACAGAAAAAAUUAAAGGCCCAAUCGAAGUCCAAAAAAAUAUUUCGUGGCUUAAACCCUUUAAACCCUUCCGAAUGGCUUAUUUCGUGUAGAGGAGGAGGAGGAAGAAGAGUGCAGGUUCAAUAGCACGACAAGUUCGGAUUUUGGGGAUAUAAUUCAGAGACUUGUUUUUACUCUUCACUGCAUAGCUAGGUUUUGAUUUUUUUCCAUUUCAGUUCAGUGAAUAGGAUGGAUCACUUUGCGGGAGCUGAAGAGCAUCUUGCUCAACAAAGACUGAGGCAGAAGCUUGAUGAAGUCAAUGUAGCUGCUCAAAAUAACCUUGCCCCUAUCCAAGACCAUGUCAAUUUCACUCUCCAGAAAGCAUAUUUCAAAUGUGCGUAUGAGUGCUUUGAUAGGAGCAGAAGGCAGGAAGAGAUAACUACUUGUGUCGAAAAUUGCAGUAUUCCUCUUGCUAAUGUUCAACAGACUUUUGAUACUGAGAUGCAAAAGUUUCAGGAGAAAUUGAAUAGAUCUCUGAUGGUAUGUCAAGAUAGGUAUGAGUCUGCAAAGCUCCAGCAGAAAGGUGGGGCCAUGAAUGAUAUGAUUUCCUGUGCUGAUGAGGCGAUCCAAGACAGUACCAAGAUGCUACCACUUCUUGCUAAUAAGUUGAAAUCCUCCUUUGGCAUUAAGGACAAUGACUCCUUCUAGCUCCAUUUUUUGUAUCCAAAGAUUUAGUUAUUAUUGUAGAUGGUGCAAAUUUGCAAGACAUUAUUUUGUAACUCUAUCUAGAGUACACAAGAUUUUACUGGAUUUCUGUACUUAGAAUGCUGGGGAAGCUUGAUUUAUCAAUGACCAAUAAUUAUGUGCAUUUCGUUAGGUUUUAUUUCGCUACCUUCAAAUGUAACAUUGUAUACGAUGUGAUCAUUUUAAAUAUUAAUCGCAAACAACUUCACCC